AUGAAGGUUGCCGUCGUCGUUGUUCUGUGCGCCCUCGUUGCUGUCAGCCAAGCUGGCCUUAUCUCCCCAGGCUACGGCUAUGGUGGAUACGGCUACGGCAUUGGCGGCAUUGGUGGUCUCGGUGGUCUCGGUGGUCUUGGUGGUCUUGGCGGCAUUGGAGGCAUUGGCGGUCUAGGUGGCUUUGGAGGUCUCGGCGGCUAUGGUGGUUUUGGAGGCUUUGGAGGACUUGGAGGCUAUGGAGGUUUUGGCGGCUAUGGCGGUUUUGGUGGCUAUGGCGGGCUCGGAGGCUUCAAAGGAUACUACAAAGGUUACUAUUGA